AUGGAACUCGACGACCAUCGGCGGCCUGUGCGCGGCGGGCAGAACCUGACCGAACGUUGGCGUCGGCUCGAGCGCGCAACGCGUGGCAAAGAAGCUCGAAGAGAAGAGCUUGAUGCGAUGCCCGCUUCACAGGGGGACGACGUUUCUGCUAGUACCAUGGUCAGGCAUGGGAGAAAGCAAGAGAGAACCUUUCACGGUCUCGUCAUUCCCGAGCAGCCGAAGCCUCCCGCCGACGACGAAUGUUGCAUGUCUGGCUGCGCUAUAUGUGUUUACGACUUGUACGACGAAUCACUGGAGGCGUACAAUCAAUCCAUCGCUGCGCUGCAAAGCACCCUCCGGGCUCGAGGUGUGGCGGAAUCAGAGUGGCCCCCUGAGAUUCCAGCAUCAAACGGCAAAUUCAACGAUGAGAAAAUCAGUUCCUUGGUCAAGAACGUUGCCCUCGACGCAUUCGAGCAAUUGGAGCGUGCAUUGGCGGCGAAAAAUACGCAGGGCCAGGGCACCAGUUAG